AUGACAAACACCCAGGAAAAUGGAAUGCAAGUGUCUGGUGAAGUUCAGGAAGAAGUUGAACUUACGGAGCUUUUGCCGGUUGAGCAGUCUAGGAUUGCCAAAGAUUUUAAGGACUUGGAAGGUACGGACGGGCUUAAGGCAUUAAGAAGUUUCGCGGGAAGUGAAUUUGAGGGGUUCAAAGUUUUUAGGAAGGGUAAGGGUAGUGAUAAGAGUGAGGGAUUAGAAAUUGGAGAUCAAGAAGGGAAGAAGAAUUACAAUUUAAGGAAAAAGAGGAAGCUUGAUUAUCUCAAGGAUGAAGUUUAUUAUUACCAGCAGGAUUCUGAAGAGGAAAGUGAUGACAGUAGCAACCAAAAUGUCUCGAACAAUGUCAUCAAGGACAUGGCGAACAACUUCAGUGGUAAGGGUGAGAAGAGAAAGAAGGUGAAAGCAGAAGUUGCCAAGAAGAAGGAAAAGAUUUUGGAGAACAAUAAUGAGAGUGAAGCUAGCAAGUCUGAAGACAAAUCUGAGAAGAAGUACUGUUGUUUGAUGUGCGAUGCAAAGUUCAAAGGAAGCGGAGGAUUGAGAAACCAUUGGAAGGUUGUGCAUGCAGAUGGUCCGUUUUAUAAGUGUGAUGAUUGUGGCAAAGAAUUUCCGCUAAAAGAACGAUUGAAACUGCACGUUCGCACCCAUACGGGGUUCAAGCCCUACAAGUGCAGCGAGUGUGACAAAAGCUUUGCAAGAGGAGGGCAAUUGGCGCAGCACAGAAGGACUCACAGUCACGCAAAACCCUACCACUGCUCGCUUUGUUCAGGAACCUUCACCUGUGCUGCGAAUCUGGCUCUGCAUAUGAAGCGACACAACGGGCAAAAGGAUCACAAGUGUGAUAUCUGUGGCAGAGGAUUCAUCAGAAGAGAUGCGCUGAAGAAGCAUCUUGAGUGUCUGCACAAAGAUGUUAAGUCCUUUUUAUGCGUGAUCUGCAACAAGACCUUCAAAGGACACCUGCCUCAGCACAUGAGGACCCACUGCCAGGAAAGACCUCACGGGUGUGCGACCUGUGGUCAGAGAUUUGCACAAAAGUCCCAGCUUACUGUUCAUCAAAGAACCCAUUCUGGACAAAGGCCUUUUAGGUGUCUUGUUUGUUGGCAAGCUUUUGCCCAUUCGACUGCUCUUAAGUUACACACUAGGAGGCACACUGGGGAGAGGCCUUUUAAGUGCACCGAGUGCAAUGUUGGAUUCACCCAGUUGCCGCACUGGAAGAAGCACAUGAAGUGCAUUCACAAGCGCCUUGAACCCUACAGUUGCAAAAAUUGCAACAGUUUCUUUCGAAUUAAAAAUGACUUGGAGAGCCAUGAGAAGAUGUGCUUGGCUGAAGAAGAUUUGGAGCCUGCUGCUGAUGACAAUCAACGGUUUCGGUUGAUGAGCAUCGAGAAGAUGAGGCUGUUGUUGGCUGUUCUGUUGAAAAGGAUAUCCAAACCGGAGAAGCUUGACGAGCUUGGCUUCGGGAAGAGACUUAUUGAUGAAGUCCUUCAGGAUUCUUUGGUUUCUGCUGGAAGAGAUCCAGUUGGGGGGGACCUUACGGAGUUGGAAGCUCUGAGGAAAAAUAUUGAGACGUUUUUGGAGUGGACGGUCCCUAGGGAGCAUUGGGAGAACUUCAAGAAACUCAACAAGACCCCGGAAGAAAUCCUUGAGACUCUGACGGCUACCUAA